AUGAACGCUCCAAGCAACGAAGAAAUAAUAGACAUUUCAUUUGGAUUUGGCGCAAUAGAAGAUGCUACAAAUAUAUCAUUUGCAAGAAUUCGAGAUCCAGGAUGCGUAGAUGAUGGAUUUUGUUUUUCGAACAUAAGUGAUAUCUUUCUACAAAUGGCAAAAGAUGCAGGUAUACAAGCCACUAAGUUAGAUUUUGAUACUUAUGAUGAUUUAAAUUUGUACGUCAAAAAUAGACAGAAAUUGCUCCAUCCAGACCCGAAUCUUCUUUUUGGCUAUAAAGUAUAUAAUGAUUCAGCAGUUAUAACCGAAAAUAGCGUACCUUCAGGAAAUCUGUCGAUAAGUUAUUUUUAUAAUACCUCUUACAAUUCAAAUAUGGAGUUUCAAAAUAUGAUAUACAAAGCAAUUUAUAUAGCAAUUAAUCCAGAAGACACAAAUACAAAUGUUUCAAUAAAUUAUAUUUCUGAUGUAAUCUACAACGAGGACAUUUCUGAAGGAGAUACACUAAUGGAUGUAUAUGGAACAAUUCUGUAUCCUUUGUUUUGGGCAAUUGGAUGUUUGAUUUACAUUUCAUUUCUUUUCACGCAUUUCAUCGAUGAUUUAGGAACUCCUGUAAGGCCUUACAUGAUUACUUGUGGAUUACGUAAGUCUGCAUAUUGGAUAGGUAACUUUAUAAUUGAUUUCAUUGUAAUCAUUAUUUAUUCUGUUAUCAUUUUUAUUUUAUAUGCAGCUUUCAACAUCAAAACCGUGAAAGAUUCUUUUGUUUAUCUUUUCUUUACAUUUAUUGCUUCGUAUAUUGUUUGCACAAUAUAUUCCUAUGUAUGGGCAUUUGUUUUCAAGAAGAAAACAAUCGCAUCAGUAAUGUUCAUGUUGAUUCAUAUUGUAACAGGUUGUGUGCCUUUCGUUUUGUAUGAAUUUAAGACAAAGCUGAAAGAUUCUUUAUUCAGAAUCAUCAUUGAUAUAUUGUGCAUCUUUCCUUUUAAUAACUUAUAUAACUUGCAUUAUCCAAUAUGGGCAGCAAUUCCAACAAUGAAAAAGCCAACAAAUAUCACUGGAAAUAAAUACAAUUGCAUUGCUAUCAUAGUUUUGGUUGUUUCAUUUUUGUUAUAUUUGUUUGUAUUGUGGAUCAUUGAAUUAUCAUCAAAAGCUAAGAAGAAAUUAGCUCAAUUUGGAUGGAAAGGCCAUGAAGAAGAAUUCAAGGAAGUCAAAAACAAACAGAAGAUUACACAAGAAGCUAUAGAUAUGGAAGAAAAUGUCAAGAAUUCAAGUCCAGAUGAUUACGCAAUUCGUAUUAACGAUGUUUCAAAGUAUUUCACAAAUGCCAUGGGAAAGCCAGUCUAUGCAGUUAAUCAAGUGUCAUUGGGUAUCAAGAAAGGUUCUAUUUUCGGAUUCUUAGGUUGUAAUGGUGCUGGUAAAACAACAUUAAUGAAAAUCAUUUUAAGACAAGAAGCAUCUUCUGCAGGAUCAAUUGAUGUUGAAGGUUCUAAUAUUGAUAAGUUUUAUGAUCCAACAAAGAUCUCUAUCUGUCCGCAAUUUGAUGACCAUUUGACGCGUAAUAUCAGUGGAAGACAAAACUUAAAGUUCUUUUGCUAUUUAUACGGCAUAAAAGGUGAUAAAGCUAAGGAAAUUAUAAAAGAAUUGAUUGACAUAUUAGAUAUUGAAGAUCAUGUAGACAAGAAAGUUAAAAAUAUGUCAGGAGGUAAUCAAAGAAAGUGUUGUGUUGCACUUACAUUCCUUUCUAAUGCCAAUAUUAUUCUUGUUGAUGAACCAACAUCUUCAUUAGAUCCAAUUGCAAGACAUCAUGUUCAUGAGUUAAUCGAAAAAUACAAAGGAAAGAAAACUUUCAUGUUAUGUACUCACUUAUUAGAUGAGGCUGAAAAUUUGUGUGAUACUAUUUCAAUUAUGUUAUCUGGAUGUGUCUAUACAAUUGGAACACCACAGUACUUGUCAAAUAAGUUUGGUACAGAAUGGAAAGUUGAUGUUCUUUUGAAAGAUGCAAUGAAAGAGACGCAAGAUGCCGUCACUGAUUUCUUCACAAGAAAGAUUCCAUCGGCUGAGCUGACAAUUGCAAGACCACUUAGUAGAAUCUAUUCAAUUCCAAAGGAUGAUAUAGAUAUAAUCAAACUAUUUGAUGUACUUGAAAAAGGAACGAAAAAGGAUAUUGGAAUCAAAUUUUACACUUGCUCUUGCUCAACUCUUGAAAAAGUUUUCAUGGAGAUUGUGAUGCAAAGCGAACAAAGAGCUGAAGAAGAAGAAGAUAAAAAUGAAAACAAUGAAGCUUCUCCAGAUCAGAGCAUACCAAAUAAUGAAGACUCAUCCAAUGAAAAUGAACCGGAACAAUCAGCAAAAGAAAUAAAAGAAGAAAUUUUAAGCGAUCGUGAUAAUUCAAGCCAUAAAGAUAAAAAGCAUAAAAAGAAAAAGGAUAAAAAGCAUCACAAAGAUGAAUUAGAUAAUAUCUCGGAAGAUUAUUACAGCGAUCAAUAA